GGUGCUCGCAGGUUCGGACGCGGUCGCGGAUGGAUUCCAGGAGUACAGAGAUGGCAAGGUCUCGGCGUAUAAGAUUGUUUAUGAGCUAUGAGUCGGUACAUCAUGCGGGAUAUAUUGAUAGCGAUGAUUAGAUGUCAGGUAUGUAGGACAGUGAAAUGAGGACAAUGUGAUUGCGAUCGACUGAAGCGGACGGUAAAACUGCGGCGGACGAUAGCGGCCACCGGGCAGAAUGGACACUCGUGACCCCGGGUAAACUUGGCGAAUGGAAAAUUUUCAUCGCAAUGGAUAACUCCCAAGAUCUGGUAUUUCUCGAAAAGCUCCACAGCUCAGAAGCUUCGCAGAUCUUUCGCGUUUCUUUCAAAGGGACCGAAUGCUGCCUAAAAUUCCACAAGGACGAUGACCCCGGAUUAGCCCCCGAUGGGCGAGAUCUAUGUCGAUAUCGGUGUGAAUCGCAAGCUUACCGUGCCCUUCAAGCGCAUGGUGUUUGCGGGAAGGGCGUGCCUCAGUUCUACGAGACAUUGGAGAACCUCGAUCCUUCCGCAUUUGAGCUAAACCUGCAAGAUUUCACUGAGGAUAAAAAUCUCCCGUGUGCAAUUCUCCUUGAAUGGUUGCCCGAUGCUCGACCCCUACGCGAUCUCAAGUGGUCACCUCAACGGGUCGAGCCACUAUUAGCAGCCCUUGAUCAAAUCCACCAGGCUGGUGUCAUUCACAAUGAUGCGUACCCAAAGAACAUUCUGAUUCUCCAGAGGCAGGAAGGGGAACGAAUUGUCUGGAUCGGCUUUGAUGUAUCGAUCGUGUUUGUGGAGGGGAGGAGAGACAAGCUGAACUAUGAUGAUGAGGUUGACCUAGAAAACCAGCUCAUUCGGAGUAGCUUACUUAGGCUUGAAUUUCCGGGUCACGAGUUUGCCUAAGGCUUGGGAAUCUCGAGGCACGCAUUAUUGUCAACGUGAUUGGUCCGCCUCACCUUCGCUGCUCCACAUCAGCAUCCAAUGCAAAGGAGGCUGCCCAAUGAUAGAUGCUAAGGCACUGAUUC